AUGGGCGGCCAGGAUAAGCAGGUGGCAUUCGAGGACCCUCACUCCAGCGCCAGCGAUGAGGAUGCCAAGGCCGUCGAGGUGACAUUCGACGCCGGCAGCGUCUACCGGCGCAAGAGCUCCCUCGUCCCCUCCGAAGCACCAAUUCCCAAACUGCGCCAGCAGCACGCCGACAAGACUCAAUGUCUCGUUCACCAGUUCCUCGACUCCCAGAAGCGGGCUCACCACGCGCAGCACGAGAAGGGCAAGCACCGGCAGGGGAAUGUCGACAGCGCGUCGCUCAACGAAAAUGGCGUUCAUGACCAGCGCCUCGUCGAGCCCAAGGGCAAGUGUGCCAUCCUCUCGAGGGGCGGCGACGCCGACGCCGGCAGCGACGCGGGCCAGACCGACGAGCACGAGUGGGCCAAGCAGAUCGCCAGGUCGACCACGGAAGUGGACAAGUCGCACGCCGAAGCCGAGCACGAACUACACAGCCGCCUGCUGACCAAGAAGCAGCUGAGCGAGAUGGCGUGGGGUGUGAGGGAGCUGAGCCGCCGCCUGGGGAGCAUGCGGCUCAAGUUCCGCGUGCGCAACAUCUUCAUACUGACAAAAGUCUACGACCGCGACCUGAUACCCAAAGCGCGGGAGCUGACCCGGUGGUUGUUAGACAAGGAGCGGAACGUGAGAUACACAGUGUACCUGGAGCGGGACCUCAAGACCAACAAACAAUUCAACGCCGACGGGCUGAUCGAAGAGUUGAAGAAGGACUACAUCCAAGCCGGCGAGCUCGAGGAGGAGAAUGCCAACACCAUAACGAAACGAUUGAGAUGGUGGGAUGAGCACAUGUGCCGCACGAGGCCACACACGUUCGACUUUGCAAUCACCUUGGGUGGAGACGGGACGGUGCUCUACGCCAGCUGGCUGUUCCAGCGCAUCGUGCCGCCCGUGUUGAGUUUUGCGCUAGGGAGCCUGGGCUUUUUGACCAAAUUCGACUUUGAGGAUUACCAGAAUACACUCACUGGGGCCUUCAAGGAGGGCGUGACUGUUAGUCUCAGGUUACGGUUCGAGGGGACCAUCAUGAGGAGCCAAACGCGGAAGAGGGAUCCCGGCCUGAUUACGGACGGUACCGCCGGCAGUUCAAAUACUUCAAGUGAGGAAGAUGAGGAGAACAGACGACGAAGCCGGGACCUAGUAGAAGAGCUGAUCGGUGAAGAAAAAGAGGACGAGCACACGCACAAACCGGACGGGACCUACGAAAUAUUAAACGAGAUCGUUGUGGACCGGGGGCCGAAUCCCACAAUGUCCUAUCUCGAAAUCUUCGGCGACGACGAACACUUCACCUCGGUCCUCGCAGACGGGAUCUGCGUGUCGACGCCGACGGGCUCGACGGCCUACAAUCUCGCGGCGGGCGGCUCGCUCUGCCACCCGGAGAACCCGGUGAUGCUGGUGACGGCCAUCUGCGCGCACACGCUGUCAUUCCGGCCCAUCAUCCUGCCCGACACGAUCGUGCUGCGGGUGGGCGUGCCGUUCAGCGCGCGCACGAGCUCGUGGGCCAGCUUCGACGGCCGCGAGAGGCUCGAGCUGCUCCCCGGCGACUACGUCACCAUCUCGGCCAGCCGCUUCCCCUUCGCCAGCGUCCAGGCCGAGGGCCGCCGCUCCGAGGACUGGGUCAACAGCAUCAGCGGCAAGCUCGGGUGGAACACGCGGCAGAAGCAGAAGGCCUACAAGGAGUGGGAGCACUGA